AUGUCUGAAGUGGGCCCAUUUACUAGCACCACAGCUUUCUGUGCUAGAUGUGGAUCAAUUUUGCCCUUGUUAAAAGAGUUUGGCCUAGUCAAAUGUUAUGCCUGCAAAGCAAUAUAUGAACCAGAGAAAUUCAGUAAUUUAAAAUUUAAGUACACAAUAAAUUUCAACACAGUGUCAGUAAUAGCAAAUGAAAAUAUUCUAAAUUUGGAUAAUCCAGAGGGCCCUGUUGUUGAAAGAAAAUGUCCCAAAUGCGGUUGUGAUCGCAUGUCUUAUGCUACACUUCAGUUAAGGUCUGCUGAUGAAGGGCAAACAGUCUUCUAUACAUGUGUGUCAUGCAAAUAUAAGGAGACAGAAAAUUCAUAG